AUAUCUGGCAACCCUGAUUCUGACGGAAGUACGGGGAAAUCAAUCGAGCGAUCAGAUCACGAUGUAUUUUUUUUAAAAUCAGAACCCACAGGUCAGGUUAAAGUCCCUCUACAAGCAGCAUGAAAGUCAUAUGACCACUGAGUAACACUUCCUCAAACUUGCUUCACUUCGUCCCACUGCAACGUGAACGCAACGCUGCAGCAGCUCUGUUAGUGAUCCCGCUCUAAAACAGACCUCCUCUGGACUCAGAACCAGUCUGGAAGACUCAUGGCAAGUUCACCGCCAAGGAAAACACACCGGAACCAUCUAAGAUUGACAGAAGACGCUCCUGGUCUACUGCUUUCCUUCGCCCUGUUCACCUGCCUACUGAGGUGUGCACAAUGUGUCAAAGCCAGCAACAUGAUUCUGAUAGUUACAGAUGAUCUGGACGUGGAGCUUGGUGGAAUGACACCCUUAAAGAAGACCAAAUCAUUAAUUGGUGAUGCUGGAGUCACGUUCUCUAAUGCAUACACAGCAACGCCUCUGUGCUGUCCUAGUCGGAGCAGCAUUCUCUCUGGGAAAUAUCCACACAAUCACAUGGUCCACAACAAUUCCUUGUCAGGCAACUGCAGCAGCAAAGCCUGGCAAGCUGGUCCUGAGAAGCAGGCCUUUCCUGUCUACCUCAGCAAGAUGUAUUAUCAGACCUUUUAUGCAGGGAAAUACCUUAAUCAGUAUGGGAUAAAUGAUACAGGAGGUGUUGGUCAUGUUCCUCCUGGAUGGGAUCAGUGGCAUGCUCUGGUGGGGAACUCUAAAUACUACAAUUAUACACUUUCUAUCAAUGGGAAAGCAGAGGUUCACAAAGAUGACUAUGAAAAGGACUACCUCACAGACCUUAUUUUAAACAGGUCACUGAAUUUCCUGGACUCACGAAGUCCCCAGCAUCCAUUUUUUGUGAUGCUGUGUCCCCCAGCCCCGCAUUCUCCCUGGACUUCAGCUCCGGCCUACCAGAAGAGCUUCGCUAAAGUCCAGGCCCCACGUGACGGCAGUUUUAACAAAGCUGGAAAAGACAAGCACUGGUUACUGCGUCAACCUGUUAACCCUAUGCCGAACAGCUCUAUCGAUUAUCUCGACGAUGCUUUCCGUAAACGGUGGCAGACGCUUCUGUCUGUAGAUGACAUGGUGGAGAAGCUGGUAAAGAAACUGGAAGAUAUAAAGGAACUGAACAACACUUACAUUUUCUUCACCUCUGACAAUGGCUACCACACAGGUCAGUUCUCCCUCCCCAUUGACAAGAGACAGCUGUAUGAAUUUGACAUCCGUGUUCCACUUUUGGUACGCGGGCCUGGCAUCAAGGCCAACCAAACUCUGCAGGACCCGGUUUUGAAUAUCGAUCUCCCAAUGACCAUCCUAGACAUUGCUGGAGUUAACAUCUCUAUCUUGGAUAUGGAUGGCCAGUCUUUUCUUCCUCAGCUUGCGCCGUCAUUACGCAACGGCACUUCACGUCCCUACUUCUUAGUGGAGUACACUGGUGAGGGCCACUUUACCGAAGAUCCUGACUGCCCCAAACUCGGUCCUGGAGUGUCUCAAUGCUUUCCAGAUUGUGUUUGUGAAGAUGCCUUUAACAACACGUACGCCUGUGUUAGGACUUUUAAGGACAGCAAUUUGCAGUACUGCGAGUUUGCUGAUGAUGAGUCAUUCGUGGAGGUGUACAACAUAACUGCUGAUCCUCAUCAGCUGGAGAACAUUGUGAAGAAGGUGGAUCCUGCGCUUCUGCAGGUCAUGAACCAAAGGCUCAUCAAACUUCAGUCAUGCCACGGAGACAGCUGUCGAAAAUUUCUCAGAGCACACUUACAUACUUCUGCUCAAUCUAGAAUGGUAACCUAAGAAUGCCAGGAUUUAUUAUUCAUGACACCAAAAAUGUUUUUUUUUUUUACAGCCACUGCUGCUAUAUUUCAUUUUAAUUAGAUUUUAUUUUGUAUAAGAUCAGAGUCUGGUCUUACUUACGUGUGUUAGAUUUUUACACUUACAUAGAUCAUAUUGGUGAGAAGAUGUUGGACGUUGUGAAUUCCAUUCCUGAGCUGUUAACCCUCUACUGCUAAGCUGUACAAAUGUAGUAAUUACAAAUGUAAUUCGCUAUACAAGUAAAUGUAAAAGUUCAAGAUAGAGCAUGCACUGCAAAUAAAAAAUAACGCACUGCACAAUGACGGACUGAGGUGAUACAGCUGUUCACCCUCUUAAACUUAUCAAUUAUCAUUAAUCAUUUGUUUCAAUUAUAUAUAGAGUGAAACUAAUGUAAAGAUGCUACUUUAAAGGGUAAACUGUGUUAUAGGUUAAUGUCCAUGAUUAAUAACACUUACAUCACUUGUGCCAAUUGAAUUAUUUUAACCAUGAAAUUAUGCAAAUAAAAACUCAGGUACCGUU